AUGCUGUGGAAGGGGCUGUUCAGCACUUUGUGCCCAUCAGCUGCAGCUGCAGGCCUGAAAUAACAAAUACAUGCAUUAAUCAAAGGAAAGAACCUUUAACUGAGGAAUUAUUCCUCUAAAUCUGUUGGAAACAGAACCUCAUUGUGAAGUGAAAGAAGUGACUCGUAUUUAAAGUGUUUUACAUGUGUCUGUCCUGUCUUCAGUGGCAGUCCAUCACCAUCACGCUGGUGGAGAAGGUGCAGAUCAUCGCAGUCUUCCUGGGCUCGCUCUUCCUGGUGGCCAGCAUCUCCUGGCUGCUGUGGUCGGCCUUCAGCCCGCAGGCCAUGUGGCAGCGCAGCGACGUCCUCUUCCAGAUCUGUUACGGCAUGUACGGCUUCAUGGACCGUUAAUUGUCCACGAGGGACCGUCCGUGUUUCGUAUCUUCCACCGCUGGCAGGCCGUGAACCAACAGUGGAAGGUUCUGAACUACGAUAAAUCCAUGGACAGCGACGACCUGAAGGAGGCCGCUGCGGACAGGACUCUGUCUCAGCCCAGUCAGGGCUACCAGACUGGUAUCGGAGUGUCCACCUCCACCUCCUCGCUGAUGGUCGUGGCCUCCACAGCCGCCGGCUCCACGUCUACGACCGUGGUGACGGCCGCGGGGGGAUUCGGACCGCACUUGGAUCCCGACAGCGGCACGGUGGUGCCAGACCAACACUGUCCCUACAACAUCCUCCACCUGCUCAGCCACCUGAGGCAGCCGGAGAUCCGCAGCCAACCCAGCAAUAGCACAAGAGAGCUGGUCAUGAGAGUCACAACAGUCUGAGGAGUCAGUUGAGGCCUUAUGUCACAAAGAUUUCUGAACCAGCUGACAGUUAAAAAACAAGAACUAUACUAACUGCACUGGACCUAAACCAAGUUCUGUUUAUUUUGAAAAGCAUCUUUAAUGUCCUUACAUUGAUUGAAUAAAAGUUAAAGUGGUUUGAUUUCCA